AUGAUCUUUUUUCAGUGCAAACUGGCCAACUUGAGCCUCUUUUUAAAUAAAGUUUAUAUCAUUUCUUUCUCUCUGCCAGUUUACCAAGUAAUGAGUCAAAAUCCAUGUGAUAAACGCAGCUGUUAUCCAGCCACUGGUGAUCUUAUGAUUGGUCGAGCUGAUCAGCUGUUUGCAUCAUCCACUUGUGGAAUGAUUGAAGCAGAGGAUUACUGUAUUGUGUCACAUCUCCUUGAUGAUAAUGAGUGUUUUGUCUGUGAUGUGAACGAAACUGAGAACAAUCAUGAGCCCAGGAAAAUGAUCUCAAACUUUAAUGGGAAAAAAGAAAAGACCUGGUGGCAGUCAGAGAAUGCUGUAGAAGAAGUGUAUAUCCAGGUAAAAAGCGUAGCACAGAAAGUUGUAAUUUCCUUUUUAAACUCCUGAGAGUUUAAAGAGCAAUAUACAUUGAAUGGAAAAUCUUCAAGUAACAAUGAAAGCCACCACAUUAAAUUAUAGUUUCCCUUGAAUAUUGCCUCUGGAGCCUGCUCACAAUUUUCUAAAAUUUUGGCCAACAGGAAGGGUGGCAAUCAAGGAACUAAAGACACUAGAAAGUUCUACUCCAAUAUAAAGGGACAGUGUUAGUUUUUGGUUCAAAGCUUUCAUUUUGAAGAUAGAAAUAGUUGAACUGACUUGAAGGACUCUAAACAACAGAAAGUCAUUAGACAAUGUCUGACAGAACUAAUCCCAUUGUCUGAAGAAUUCUCACUUGUGAUUGAACAUGAUCUAGCUAGCUCCUUUAUAGAUUAUUAGGCCUUAAUUUUAAGUUCUUUUCCCCAAAGGUCUUUGUUUUCGAGACUGCAUUUUUAAGAUCGGAUCAUCACUACCUAAUGGUGAAACAAUAUGGCUAAACAUAAGGGCCAUGCAAUGUCUUUUGAGUAGAGUGAAAAUGCUAACCCAGGGUUGUCAAAAGUAGCUGGCUACCGGCAAAAAUCGCCACCUACUUGGUUAGUAUCGGCCUGCUACUCUGCUUGGCAUUUCUUUACGGAUGGCCUCUUUUUAAAUAAAAUAUCCCUGGACUGGCUACUUACUUUGACAACUCAGCCAUCUACUUCAAAACUUUGUGACAACCGUGUAAUCAGAAAUACAAUGUUACUAUUACAAAAGUAUGGAGAACAGUGGCAAAGAAUAAUAAUAAUAAUAAUAAUAAUAAUAAUAAUAAUAAUAAUAAUAAUAAUAAUAAUAAUAAUAAUAAUAAUAAUAAUAAUAAUACCAUGUAUUAAUUUAGUCAAAAUUAUUUUUAGGAUUUGCAGUAUAAAGAGGUUGCCAGGGAUUGCAAAAGAACUUACAGAGAUUACAGUUAUGCAACCUCAGACACCUCGUUAACACAGCCACUUCUCUUGAGAUACCAGAAAUAUCAAACUUACAAUCCCUCUGAUCCCUAGACUGACACAGACACUUCUGUAAUUUGUGGAUACUUGGUUCUGGCCCUUUAGUGUCCAUAUUAAGGAGAUCUGACUAUAAGAGUUGAACCUCAUCUUAUAGACACCUUCAUAAAACAGACACCUCUGUAUUACUGCACAGACAGUUCUUCUGUUCUCAAAGAUUCAAAAGUUCAUGGCGCAGUUCCUUCCUCGAUAGUGGGGCCCCUGUAAUGUAGUCAACUGGGUGACGUGUCUCUUUUGCACUACCUUAUUUAGUACAUGUAGGUCUGACUAUCAUUUUUUUGUCAUCAGCUGAACCUUGAAGCUCAGUUUCAUUUCACUCAUCUGGUGAUGACCUUUCGUACAUUUCGACCGGCUGGCAUGUUAAUAGAGCGCUCCUGGGACUAUGGUAGGAAUUGGAAUGUGUAUCGUUAUUUUGCUGCUGACUGUAAACAGACUUUUCCUGGUAUCCCUAACAAACCGCAGGAAGAUGUUGAUGAUGUCAUUUGUACAGAGGAUUUCUCUUUAGUGGAGCCAUCAUCAAAUGGAGAGGUGAGAAAUAAUGUGAAUGAACAGAGAUGAACAAUGUUGAUGUAAAUUGGUGUAACUAUGUGAGUAAAUAUAUGUUAUCUAGAGCACUGCAGCACAAACACAGAGGCCAAGGUUUUGAAUCCAGUUGAAGUCCCAAAAUUUUUUUCAAGUUUAUUUGCAAUUGCUUAAAUUGCAAUUACCUCUGCAAUGACGAUAUCUUCAUUUAACAUUUGUAUUUCCGCAGUUCACAUUAUUUUCAUGUUUCGUUCCUUUUGUGGGUUAGGAUUAACUCAACAAAUUGGCCUGCUCCCAAUUUUUCUUAACAAUUCUCUACAAUUUUUUUUAUUUCAGUUAUACUUAGUUUUAAUAAGUAAAAAACAAAAAAAAUUGAAACUGUGAAAGGUUUGAACCCAGGAGUCAUUUCAAAAGGGUGAGUUUGAUCAUCCGGGUGAACGUAGUCCUGAAUAGGACUGUUGUUGUUGACAGUGACUGACGUUUCGACGACCUGUGCAGUAGUCAUCUUCAGAGUCAAAGUGAGUUGUAUCACGUCAGUUGAUGGUAUUAUACUUUGGUUAUUGAUCUGAUUGGUCAAUUAUGUCGCGAUGUUAUUGGUCGUCUGUCAGUAGUCAACAGUUACCAGCGCCGUACAAACGACUUAUUGACGAGAUCAAGCAAAACUAACUACGAGAGAACAACUGGAGAACUAACAAUUUGACUAACAAUAGACUACUGUUUAACUGCGACAAUAGACGGAUCGAAACGCACCAAUCACUGAUUACGAGUCUUCAUAGCCAAUAACAUCACGGCUUAACUGACAGACAACCAAUAACAUCGCGACAUAAUUGACCAAUCAGAUCAAUAACCAGAGUAUAAUACCAUCAACUGACGUGAUACAACUCACUUUGACUCUGAAGAUGACUACCGCACAGGUUGUCGAAACGUCAGUCACUGUCAACAACAACAGUCCUAUUCAGGACUACGUUCACCCGGACGAUCAAACUCAACCUUUUGAAAAAAAAUUGAGUUCAUACAUGCACUGUGCUCUUUUUGUGGAUUUUGCUUAUUUUUUAUUGUCAUUUUUUAGCGAUAUGAUCUCAAAUCUCUGAGUCAUUACUCUUGUACAAAAUGUUCAUCAUCAUCCACAAUAAACAAACAUGGUGCUUCCAUGUAGACCAGUAUGUAAAGAAAAUAGUGGCCACUAGCUUGAGGCCUUAUGGAUUUUACUAUCAAGCUAGUGAAUUAUGUUCUUAACUUGCCCAAUGGGCAAAUGAAGUCUUUUGGGGAAUUCAAAUUACAGGAUAACUGUCUUAAAAAAUUUUUUUUUCGGACUAGAUGAGAUGACUUUUGGGCUAGUACAUACAUGUAUGUGUAGCUACAGCUUGCCCAAGUAGUGAGCUGUGAAACUGACAUUCUUUGCCCCAGUAGACUAAAAAACAAAGUUUUGUUUUGUCUUUUAUCAUCAACAGGUUAUCUUCAGAGCUCUUAAUCCUCAGAUCCCUGUCAAAGAUCCUUACAGUGAAAAAGUCCAGAACCUUCUAAAAGUGACCAACUUGCGAAUCAACUUUACCAAACUGCACACCCUUGGCGACUUAGUACUGGAUCCUACCAAACCAGACACCAAGCUGAAGUACUACUAUGCUGUUUAUGAUCUUGUCGUCAGAGGAAGCUGCUCAUGUUAUGGACAUGCUGAACAGUGUCUACCACUUCCUGGUGAAGCCAGUAUUCCUGGUAUGGUAAGUCCCCCAGGGGAGCUGGACAAGAGGACAGGGUAGUGGGGAGUAGGGGUUGCGUGAUGGGGGAGGGGCUUAGAGAGGGGAUGGUUGUUGUCAGUUAACAAAGGUGCAUAAUACAGAGUAUAAAAUUAAUAUAUUGGGAAUCGCAAAAUGAGAUAGUGAAAGGAUGCAGCUAGACUGAAAAGAGGAGAGACUGGAUGCUUAGGAUUCCCUAGCUAACUUGAUGAUGACUUUGUAGUUUGUUCAAGGUUAGAUUCAGCUUGUAUCCUCUUUUUCUUAAAAGGUGUAUGGAAAGUGUGACUGCACGCAUAACACAGAAGGAAAAAACUGUGAAAAGUGUAAAAUGGGGUACAAUGACACACCCUGGAGACCUGCCACAGCUGAUGACUCAUUUGAAUGUAGAAGUGGGUAUUUCUGUAGAAUACUACUACUACUAAUAAUAAUUAUAAUAAUAAUAAUAAUUUAUCAUCAUUAUUUUUUAUAUGAUUAGUUAAUUCUUUUAUUAUCCCCUGGAUAAUAUAAAUAUACUAUACCCUCAUUUAUUUGUUUUACGCAAGUGGUCCAGUACAGUCUAUUGUAGAUGCUCAUUUACUGUAAGUACGUUUGAAACUCAUUUGGUCACUGACAUUUUGAAAUCCUUAGUUUACUUGGAUUUUUACAGAACCACACACAAACACAAAUAAGAAAAAUUUAACGACAACAUUACACAGCCACUUAUGUGUGUGUCACCUCAGUGAACUAACUAACUUUCUAUAUAUAAGACUAUUUAAGACUAUUUAUUAAGAAUUUAUUUAUCAAUUUAACUAUGUAUAGAUAAAUGUGGAUGUUUACUGGUGCAGAUGGUACUAGAUGUGUGAAGGUCUUGCACAUUCUAUGUCUUCAUAUCAAAAUGGAAAAAGACAAUUUCAGACCAAUUCUGGCUAGUUUCACUUUGAUUUGUAAUGUGAUUCCUUUUAUUCAGAAUACGUUGGUGUCACUAACAAACUCUGAAAGAUUUUAAGAAUGUUGAGCAUGCCAGGACAGACAAGACACAUUUUAAAACCACAUGACAGACACACAAAAAAAUUUUUUCAUACCUAUUUAACUGCUUUACAAUUAUUUAUUAUGGCUGAUUAUUCUCAACUUGAGCUGUAAAGUAAGGAGAAUUUUGUUUUAUUAUCUGAUAGAGUGCGACUGUAAUGGCCAUGCUGAAGAGUGUCGAUUUGACCCUGCUGUGUUUGCGGCCUCUGGCAAUGUUAGUGGAGGAGUCUGUGUUAACUGUAUACACAAUACUGUUGGCCGCAAGUGCGAAAAGUGUAGGCCUUUGCAUUACCAGGAUCCUACUAGAGACUUUAGAGAACCCGAUGCUUGUAUUCGUAAGUAUUUGUAAUAUGUUAUGAUAAAAUUAUGACAAAAAAAUAAUUAAUUUUGUUUUGUUAUGAUAGCUCUGUAUUUUGUUAUGAGCCCCUCCUCUUUAAUCGGUAGUCAUUUUCGGGACAGCUGUGUUUUAGUUUCAAAGGAUCUUAGCAAGAUUUAAGGGUUUUGAAAGGGUAUAAAAAAACAGGUUUGUUUUAUUUUUGUUGUUGGAUGAAGUUAUUCCCAUUCAUGUCUCAAUACUUGCUAAGGUUUUCUAAUUUAUUCCUUUUUCUCAUCAUGCUACUCUGCUGUUCUCAGUGGUGGAUCCAGGGGAGGGGCCCGGGGGGGAGGCCCCCUUAUUGUUAGACAAAACUGAGGCCUGAAGGGCCGAAAAAAUCUUUUUCUCAGACUGCCCCCGCCCCACCCCCAUCUUUGGGUCUGGAUGACCAGGCCCCUCCCUUAUCUGAAGGUCUGGAUCUGCUGCCACUGGUUCUUUUUAUUCACCCCUUUUUAAUUUAUUUUUAUUUAUUUAACAUGUUUUAAAACCUUUUUAUACAUUUUUGAACUUUUUAAAGCAUCCUUUGACUUUUUACAUCAUAUAGAAUAAAAAGAAAUUAAAAUUUUCUCUGGUUGAGAUCACCGACAAUGAACAUGGUGCACAAACAUGUUAUAGCAAAUUUAGAAAAGUUUAGAUAUUAUCGUAAACGGGGAAUCAACCCAAAAUUUCUAUUUUCUGGAUCCCAUUAGAGCAUAACAAUAAAUUAUGACAUAAAAAUGCAAUAAAAAUUUUGCAAUAAAACAUAUCACCAGCAGCUAGGGGUUCCAGUUGUGUUUUUUCAAAAAUCAUUUAAGGACAUUAUUGUCGUAAUUUACAAGUCUAUUAAAAACAACGAAUAGUGUUGGCUAAAUUUUCCAACUGCUUCAAACGUGGAGAGAGGCACGCAUCAUGUUGACAUGACUGUGUAUGAAGAUAGAUGUGUCAUAUUUUGUCGAGGCGAGUGCUUUUAUACGUAGCAGUACAGAGCAGAGCUGGGGCGCUUUCCAUUUGUCAGAACUGACCGGCCAAACCAUUCCCAAGCCAAUGAGAAUUUCCAUUUUAAUCAAAUGUCUCCAGCCAGAUCAGUCAAAACCUAAGUAGAAAUGGUUUUGUUCAGCACAAACUCUUACAAAAAGCGUAUUUCAUAAUCAAACUGACUGGUCGGGCAAUGGUCCGGCCGGCCAGUUCUGACAAAUGGAAAGCGCCCCUGGUAUCCAGAGGAGUUCACAAUCCUAAUUUGCAGGGCGGGGUUGUUUAAAGAUGGGGUAAGAUAACCCAGGGUUAGUGCAAAAUUUGAAUUCAGAUAUGAAAGCUUAAAUAGCAAAAUGGAUUGAAUUCUGUUCGUCUACACUUUCGUGAUCGGAUGCCCUAAAAAACAGCGAAAAUUAUCCGAGAAAAUGCUUUUGAACGAAAGAAAAAGAAACCUGGAUUGAAAUUUAACCCCGAAUUAGCGCUGAUCGGCCUUCAAACAACUGGGUCCAGGUUGCUAUUACGCGUGCGCGGCACAUCUGGGGCCAACUUUCGUUUAAAGUUCUUCAAGGAAAAAAUGAAAUGCAAAAAACUCUUGUUUUGACCUUCCUUCUUCGUACUCUUGACUUGCGCGGUUUUGCCGUGACUUUAACGCGAAACUUACGCAGUGUUGACGCAGGAGCGUUUUGACCUUUGGUACACUCUCUAACCUUAGGUUACUACUUUAGCUUUAUUGUGUGUUGUAGCUUAGCAUUGUAAACAAAUCUUAUCUUUUUUCUUUCUUAUCUGCAGCAUGCAACUGUGAUAAUGUGGGAGGGGUGAGUGGUGGUGAGUGCGAAGGUAGAAAUGACGUUGAUUUGGUUGCUGGUCGAUGCAUCUGCAAGAAGAAUGUCGGUGGAAACAGGUGUGAAAAGUGUAAACAAGGCUUCUGGAAUUUACAAGAAUCCAAUCCUGAUGGCUGUGAAGGUAAUAACCUUUUUCUUUAUUAGGCGACAUGGUAGAUAGAGCCCUCAAAAUGAUAUAAUUAAAUAACUUAUGCAUCUAUAGAAGACACAACAAACUAACAAAUAAGAACGCUAUGAAAAAAAACUUGUACUUCUAAAGAAAGGAGAAAAAGACCUCGUUUGAUCUCCAUGUAUACCGAUUAUUCACCGAAGUGGAGUUUGCUUGUGGUGGAAAUUUACCCGGCCGCAAAUAUACACCACUAGCCACUGACACUGAGGUGAAUAAUCGGUGUUUUAUGGAGGACGUAACCAAAAGAUGACGAAAUUUUGUCUCUCUUUCGUAACUUGAAUAAAGUUCUUGGAAAUUCAGCUCUUACGAGAGUUCGCCUACAUCUGACAAAGUGAGUUGGAAGAAUCGCGAUGAAGAUUAAAAGAGCGCGAAUUCACUUUUUUAAUAUGCAACGUUUUCGUCGCCGUCAUCUUUAGGUCCGAUUAAUUAGGCUUGUGUAUAGUAAUAACAAACUUUGCAUUACGAGUUUAUUUAGUAUUUUCAGGGCUGAAAGCUUGAUAACAGAAGGUAAAAAGUAGGACCGGUCCGUAAAAGCCUUUUUCAAGGCUGUCCACGUUGGCGGCUCUUAUUUUCUCUGUCACAGUGAAAUUCUUCAGCUCACUUGCACUUGAGAAUUCUGUUAUCUGUUAGAGCUGAAAACUCCUUUUGACUGCUUUCUUAUUGUUUCUUAGUACUUUCAAACAGAUGUUCAUUGUCUCUACUAUUUUAUUGGUUUCCGAGCACAGGCGUGCACAAACUUCCCGCUUACAAAAAGAUCUACCACAAUGCACCAUAGGCUAUCAAACGUGGAUCAUACAUCAUGUUUCACGGGAGCAAUCUUAACUGAAAUAGGUGUAUACUGCAUAACCCUCCGAGAUCCCCAUAAUUCUUCAGAUAAUACUUCAGCCUCAUUCAAUAAUUGUUAAUUUUUCAUAUUUCAAUCUCGUUCCCAGGGUCUUCUCCUACUUGUCUCUCUCUCGCUCUGGGGGACGAGUAGGAGAGGACCCUGGGAACGAGGUUGAUGCAAUUUUUAAAUUUUAGCAAUGAUUCUCGCACUAGAAGCUGCCAUAGGCUUAAGCUUCUUGAACCUUACUGUAAGCUGUUUAUUCAACCGUUUCAAACCAACUGAUCGGUCGGUGUUUCUCCCAGCCAAAUACUCUAAAAAGAAUUAUGCCACUUUAUUACGUUUCGUCUGUCGCGUGCGUUACCCGAGGUCACAUUGCGGAACCUUUAUACCCGAAGAUCAUUGGUCGGCCUCUUGGCCCGUCAACCUAUCCGUCCGCGGGCCUACUGUUGCAUACAUGUAGUUGUAAUCAAGAAGCAAGCAAGUUAGUUAGGGGGAAUGGUAGUAAAACCAUGUAGUACUAGUACUUAAUAAGAGUUCCAUUCUGGCACCGUUGCAUCUGAAACUAUUUUGAGUAACUUAGAGGUGAUGUCAGUUACCAAUGUUAAAGAUAGUGAGCGAAGAUAACUUUCGUGAAGGAUUAUUAUUUUAUUUACCUUUUCAGCUUGUCAAUGCAACAGUCUUGGUACAUUAGGUUUUUGUAAUCCUAACGAUGGAAAGUGUACUUGUAAGAGGUUUGUUAUGGGAGCAAGAUGUGAUCGCUGUCAGGUGAGCAGAAGUGUAUACCGGUAUGAUAUUUCAGAAGCUCUGAGAAAGUUUCGUUUAAACGUUUUUUUUUUUCUCCAUGAGUUGCCCCCACCCCCGCUAUAAACUAACACUUUUAAUGCGUUAAGUGUUGGUGGAAUAGGUGGAAACUAGCUCGCAACUUAGAUGGUAUCGCAUUUGAAAACUGUAUAGUUGAAUUUGCGCGGUAUAAAUAAAUGUUAUUGUAAUGUUAUUGGUGUAUUCUUCACGUAGAAUCACGCACCACGGAUCGUGUUUCACACAUUACCUUUCAUUUUGCCUCCACACCCUUGGCACUCUCGGAGGAUCUGUGUCAGGAGCCCAUUUUCACAUGCCUUUUUAUUUUUGUAUUCAGCCUGGUUACUGGGGCCUAAGCGAUUCUUCUUUUGGAUGCGCGGCUUGUGAAUGUGACAUCGGCGGUAGCUACCAAAGAAACUGUGAACAAAUCACAGGUCAAUGUCGAUGCCGGAAGGGUAUCACGGGAAGGAAGUGUGACCAAGUGCAGACUGGAAACUUCUUUCCAUUACCAGACCAUUUGAAGUACGAAUCAGAGGAAGCUAAAGUGGUUGGGGUAUGUAGACCUCUCAAUAACUAUAACAGUAAAUCUUAAUUACGCCUUACUCUCCAAAGGGAGGAUUGGACUGUUUAUAGUCGAAAAUAGCAUUAACUAAGUAAUGGAUAGUUACAAGAAUUAUAAGGCUAGAUAGGAAUCAACGCGUUGAAGUUCCUAUCUUACUGUCGGUAAUUUUUUUUAAAAUAUAGUUUGCCUGCAAUAAAAAAAAACGACAAGUAAGUUCUCAUUUUGUUCACGAAAAAAAAGUCGGUAGUUCGAUUUUCCCUUUUCAGUGUAUAACAAGAUGAAGCAAAGUAUCGGCCAAAUGUAUUUAGUUAGCAUCACCUCACUUAUUGUAUUGUUGAUCCGAUUAUUGUAUAAAUGAUUCAUAAGGCGAAUUAUUCUUGAAGUUGUAACAACGGUUUCUCUAAAAUACAAAGUGAUGAUAAUGUUGGUAAUGAUGACGACGAUGAUGAAGAACAAGGUAGUAGUGGUGGAAGCAGUGGUAGCCAUUAAAUGAUCGCCAGGUUUCACAUUACAAGAAGGAGUAGAGGGAGGAUUAGCAUAAUUGCUUAGGGCGUGACCUUCUGGGCAGGAUGUCCCGAUUUCGAUUCCCAUUAAUGACCUCAAAUCCUUCUUUUUACUUCCUUCCUUUCCGUGUAGCUUGAAGUAGCUUUGUAAUAGAGCUUUGAUGGAGAGAGGGACGUAAAAUGAGCCCACCGUUGGCCUCAGGUUCUUUAGUCAGAUGACUAUUUCGAGCUGCCGACUCUUUACCUUGACCUUUGACUCAACAUGGAGCCAAAUCCAUUUUUAUCUCUCCUAUUCUCCUCUUCGUCAAUUCUCAUACAAACACACGAAAAUUCGGGUAAUUUCAGUACUUGUUAAUUCUCGGGAUUUAAAUUUGCGAUGUUUCCUUGACUGUUACAGGGCCAGCAAAACGGGAAAGUUGUCCCGCGGGAGCCAACGCCUGGAGGAGUCACUUGGACAGGAGAUGGGUUUACUGAAGUAAAGGACAAUACAGCUUUAGAAUAUGCUGUUACUAACGUACCAUACACUGGAGAAUAUAACAUCUUAGUGAGAUACGAGCCAAAGGUAGGGACUUCUUGGUUAGUUUGCACGCGAUUGAGGGCUUUUCCUCCUUUUUCUUUUUCUUUGCUUACACUGUCACCGAUUCAGGGCUACACACAGGGCACAGGGGAGUUAUUUGUGACCUUGUCUGCAGUUACAUUUAACAGUUGAUACCGCUUAUCGCCUUUGUUUACAGUAGAAUCGAAAAUGAACAUUACCUGUUUUCUGUCGCAUUGGAUAACAUUUUUCCUGGUUUGUAACACGAUCACUUGAUGGUUUGAUCGGUCUAUUCGAUUCGACAGUAAACAAAGGCUCUUCGCGCUAUCGACUGUAAACUUUAACUGCAAUCAAGGUCACAAAUAACUCCUCUGCGCCCUUUGGGCUGCACCGCUGUCCUAUUCAAGGCUUCCUGGGUGAUCUUAUGCACACAGUUUCGCAGAUUCUCAGAUUUUGUCUGAUUCUUGUGUCAGGAGACUAAGCUAAAAUGUACGCUUGCAGAAAAAUUAACUAUAAUUCCUUUUUUAGGAUUCUGGGGUGUGGAAAGUAGAUGUAAACAUUCAGCGCAUUGACGGACAGCCAAUGACCAGCGGUGAAUGUGUGAACGCAACUAACGCUGACGACCCAGAUUACGGGAAUUUCUCUGCAAUCUUGACCACUCCUGAGCGCUAUGUUUUGAUGCUUCCUAGCGUGUGCUUGGAGAAGGACGUGUCUUAUGUGGUGCAGGUUACAUACAGAAGGCAUGCAUCCAAUACAGGUGGAGCUGAUACUAUUUUAACUGACGCGGUAAGAGUUGGUUCCAAUGUACCAGAGAAAGCUCCUCGGUUAGUGUCCAUUCCCUGAAAGUCCCGGUAACUGAUCGGGCCCGAUGUUAAAUGUUCCAGUCAACAUCUUAGAAAUAUAAGCGCAGGUCCCCGCUAACAAACCAGUCCGUUUUGUUUUGUAACCUAGAGUUUUUUCAUAUCAUCUGCAAAACCAGUAUCACAACCUUGACCUUGAAUGUAAAACAAGAACAGCUUCCCGGGUCCAUUAAUUCUCGCGAAGCGAGUUUAUAAUCUCGUCGCGCGCGAAGUGCAUGUACUGUGCGUGGUCUUAGCGACCUGCAAAGUCGGCCGGCCCAUAUACAGCUAUUUCGAGAAAGGUUGUCGGAAAAUGUACAGCUGCCUCGUGAGGCUCUGCGAUUCACGUAUUUCUAGUUAUCAAGGCUUGCGCGAAGCGGGCCCUGGUUCUUUAACAGUUACAGUCAAAUCUGUGUUAGCUGGUCUUCGCUUGGGGAAGAUUAAAAUGACCACUUAAGAUCUAGCUUGCAAGCAAGUUCUCUGGAGGUCUCUGGGGUCGCGGGAGAAAAAAUAUGAGUUUCCCGUCCCCGUACACAGAGGCCCCCAAAGAGCUUGCAUGCUGGCUGACCUUGAAUUGGAGAUUUACCAGCCCUAAAAUAUCACGUUGAUCAAGAAGAGAAGGUAUCCUAAAUGUAUCUUAUGACUUUUUCGAUGAAAAAGGUGAAGUUAAGACCAAAACAUAUCCUUUUGAGAACUGAGAAAAGGUAAUGGCGACUGCUUGAUAGAGAAGAGGCGACCGACUCUCUUUAGUGAAGAGGUAGCACUCAAGACGUUAGCUUUUCAAUCUUUUUAUAUGAUACUAAGGCGACUUCAAUUAUCGAUUUUUUUUUAUAAAACCUAAUUGGGGGUUUCAUCUCCUUUGUCGAAACACUACAGUUUCUUUUAAAACUUUAUCGGAUCAGUUUUACGUAUCAGAUAAAAAUAACAAUUAAUAGUGUUGUAACUGUGUAUUUCAAAUGACUUCUUCAGUUAUUACGGUAAUUGUAAGGUUUAACAAAGUUAAAACCCAUUGUCUUUUAGAUGGUGCUUGUACCUCAUGCGGAAUCAGUGUCGAUCUUCCAAGGUCCUGAAGGAGAACAAAGAAAGAAGCAGUUUGACCGGUUCAAAUGUUUGGGGUAUCACCUCGCCCAAAACACGUCACGCCCUGAUCUCCCUGAUGUCUGUAAACAGCUCAUCUUUGCCAUGUCCUCUGUUAUCUACGAUGGUGGGAAACGUAAGUAACUUGUGAGAAAUAUCUUAUAAAUGGGCCAUGCUAAGAGUAUUGGACAACACGAGUAUCCAUAGCAGACUGACUGGUUUUGCAGAGAUCUCGGCCUGGCUCAUGGUAAUCGAGCUGUAAUGUCAGGAUCCUGGCUAACUGGGCUGAACGUUUUCCAGGUAAUUGCAUAUACUGGGUCAGCCCAGCAAAGCCUGCACAAAUAACGGGCUGAGUGCACUGCGGAAUGAUUCUCACCACCAAGGAGCAAAGAUUGGCACAGUUGGUUACCGCGCCGCCUUCUGUGUAAAAGGUUUCGAGUUCUUUCCGUUCCGCGUGCUUUUGAAGCUGCCCGUAAAACGGACCAAUGAUAGAAAGAGGAGAGCUAAAAUGAGCGCACCGUUGUCAACAGGUUUGCUAGUCAGACAAUGAUUAUUUCGAGCUACCACCUUACAGUACACUUUUUGGAUCAAUUUAUGGUUUCUGAUAAACUUCCCACCUACCCCUCCCCUAAGUCAACAUUUUGCCUUAAGUGAGAAUUAAGUGUUAAUGUUUGCUUAGGGGAGGGGUAGGUGAGCAGUUUCCGAGAAACCUAAAUUGAGCCCACUUUUUACCGUACCUCUUUACCUUUUUGAAAAAGCGGUGCGUCACCAAGAAGAAAGUAUCACAUUUCGUUUCCGAGCGAACUGAGUUACCGACAAAUUUAUCUUACUUUCCCUAUGACCAGAAAACUGAAUGAAUAGAAAAAUUAUGAACGGAGCCAACUGCAGUCUUAGUCGUCGGCUGGCUCGCCUCAUGUACGUGUAAUACCUUCUCGGGUAACCGAGCCAGUCCGGCUCAUAUAAUCGGGUACUUUUUCGUUUUCUCGGUAGUCGAAGAAUGAUGAUUUAUAAGGUCCAUACAGUGUACAUAUUGUUAAAUCAGCAGGGUAAGGAACGCAUCAACGGUCGAAUAUUUCCUUUAUCAAUCUAAGAACACCUUGAUGUUAUCCGUGAGUGCUACGACUUAAAGUUAAGCGUCAAACAUCCUCUGCCCUUCAUGUCACCCAAACACUAUUGCAGUCUCACGUUGGAACUUCUACAUUUCAGCAAGUCAAGACAGACCUCUUGUGAUACAUUUUUUGAAACUUCUUUUUCCAGCGUGUAACUGUGAUCCCACGGGAACUAGGAGGGACGAGAAUGGGACUCUGAUUUGUGACGCUGUUGGAGGUCAGUGUGAAUGCAAAGCGAAUGUGAUUGGUCAGAGGUGUGACCGCUGCGCACCUGGAUCAUUUGGAUUCGGCUCAGAAGGUUGCACUGGUAAGUGAAACUCAACUAUAAGUAUCUUCUGCGUUGGAAAGACAGCCAUCGAUUUCAUGGCAGACACAGCAAACAGGCUCAAGAAUCAAGGCAGAAAAUUAACACCUACUGACAGUACACAUGAUAUGGAAAUAAAAUUUCUACAAAACUAAUUUAUGUCCACGCUUGUACCGUUAUAGAACGUAUAUCAUAAAAGAAAAUUCAAAGUUCUCUUUACAGGAAAAGUCCUUUGUGAGGUGCCUGUUUCUUUUUUCCACUGUACGAACGCCAUUUUUUUCUUCUUGAUUUGGUCGGCGUGCUUCCUGUUUCGUCCAUGAAUAGCGGGAAAAAAAACCUGGCCCUGAAUUUCAGUUUGGACCUUAAACGUGGCUAAUGAGAAGUAUUUUAUGUCGUGUAUUGAUAUUUAACAUAGUUUUGUAGACGGAUUUUUUUCCCCAACAGUGGCGCUCUCGGUCGCCGCUUGAUCGAUAUCAAACAGUACUGUCUGCCAAAAGUGUAGUAGUUAGCAACCCUGCAAAACCCACGACAUCAAAGGUUGUUGUUUUGUUUUGUUUGUUUUUAUGUGCCCCACCUGUGUAAAACAAGUCACUUUAUGAUAAGGCUGUAACUAAGCUAUCCAUUUUGAGUGCCGAACGUAGAGAGCCACUGGAAAACAGGCGAGUGAACGGCGCGUCUUCUCUCGCAUGAUGCUCGCGCGUAACCUCCCACGAUACAGGAAAAACCCGCGACUAAGAACGUGCAUUUUCCUAAAGUAGCCCAAACAGGUUCUUAAAUAAUUGGUAAUUAGCACGUAUUUAGGCUACUUUAGGUACUUAAAUAGGUUCUUAUUUUCUGAAGAAAAAUAAAGCGUGGUAGUUAUGAGUAUGUAGCGGUAUUCAGCUUAUUCCUUAUAUAAAAUGUGCAUCCCAAAUUAGAAUUUAUGUAAAUAAUGAAUCUGAGAAGAAGGACUGAAGCGCGUGAAUUAUGACCACACACCACCACAUGAAUUUUGAAGUCCUUUUGCCCACGUUUACAGAAUUAUUAUUAUUAUUAUUAUUAUUAUUAUUAUUAUUACCCAAAGCACAGCAUUGGAGCAAUAGCGUUUUGACCUUCGAUUGUUGUCGCCCGCACUCCGUAACCUUUGGUUAUUACUAGUUUAUUGAUCUAUUUAUUCAUUAUUAUUAUUAUCUUUUGUUGCCAAGGUGAUUAGUCAUUAUUGAUAAAAUAUUCACUUUUUUAUUCCUCAAGGGUGUGAGUGCGACUCAGUCGGCGCUUCGGACAAUCUCUGCGACAUGCAGACUGGACAGUGCGCCUGCAGGAUCAAGGCCGGCGGUCGCCAGUGUAACCUUUGCCCUCCACGUAACUGGGGAUUCCCAAUGUGCAGACCAUGUCGCUGUAAUAACCACGCUUCAUCCUGUCAUCCCAAGACAGGAGUCUGUAUCGACUGUCAGCACAACACUGACGGCAAGAACUGUGAAGUUUGCGCCCUUGGGUACUAUGGUGACGCCACAAGUGGUAAGUGAUUAGCACCGCCAACUCUUGCCAAUUCGCUUUUUUAAAAGUUCGAGUUCCGCCUUCUACCCGUGUUGAAUGGUAUAGGUAGUUUCUAAGAAUUAAGGAAUCGAUCUCUGAAGAUAAAUUCUCCCAGGGCUGAAAAUUUCUUGCGGGUAGUUAACGUCCAUAUGUAAAGUGAGGAGACCAACCUGGCGACAGAUAUGUUUUGGAUAUUUUUCGGAUCAUUUUCGCUGCAUGAUUUUGUCGCAGUACAUGGAAGAGAACCUAAGGUUAUGUACACACUACAGCGGAUAGUUUUGCGCCGGUUCGAAAACCAUAUCUGAGAGGGCUUCGGUUCACACAUGAGAACAGUGCACGUGAUUUCGGCGUGAUUUCUGUAACGGAGCGAAGCUGCCCUGAUCUCUAAAGUGGAGAGUCACAUAUCGGAUAGUUGUUCACUGUAUACCGGAUAGUUUUUGUUGUCGGCACUAAAAGCUAUCUGGUAUAGCAUGGGCAAAGUUUUGGGUGUAAAAAUUGAAUCCAGGUAAAAUUUUCUUAACCUAGGAUUAUUCUCUUUUUUAUUUGUCUCCUAGCCAUAAUGCAUGAAUAAUUAGGGUUAAAAAUUUUUUACCGGAAUUUAAUUUGACCUGGUACAUAAUUAUAUAUAUGAGGUGUCAAGAAAAGACUGUGAAAUUUUGGCGAAUGAGUUAAGGGAUAAUGAAAUGUUCGGAAAAGGUGAACAUACAAAAAUUUCGAAUAAAUCAGUUUUACAACCUACAAACUCUGCAACGUUAAUACGGCAGGUGAAUAGCAAGCUCUAAAUGUGAAUAUUAACACUAUUGUUGCUUUUACAGGAACACCAAAUGAUUGUCUUCGAUGUCAGUGCCCGGGUGGUAGCAGUGGAAACCAGUUUAGCAAGACCUGUUUUCUGGAUAGCUCAACUACCCCACCAUCUUCAAUCUGUGACGCUUGUGACGUAAGUUUACCACUAAGCUGGUACUGAUUCCUUAUAUAACUCUAUUUUUUGCCGUGCGAGAACUUUUUGCGCCUUGCAAAAAGGCCAAGCACCCGUCCUCUGUUGUUCUGUACAAAUUAACCGAAAUAGCUGCUUAUGAAGAAGCAGUUUCUCACUAGGAGAAAUCAAGGGAGGUGUGAUAUGGUCAAUAGCCUUCCUAUUCGCGUAACCCCGGUCCCGCUCUGAACAUCCUUUAUUUUACUCCCAUCCUGUGAUUGAGCUGUGACAUCUGUAUUCUGAUAGGAAGAUACUCUGGCAACGUAUAAAAAGGAGUUGGGAAAGAGAAAGCUUCUUGAAGAAAGCGAAAUGUCUGUCGGAGUGUAACUCUGCCAAUAACCCGUCCCGCUUCACAAUGUAGUGCAACGUUUGUUUUGGUAACACCAGCACACAGUACAUUCACAUGCAUUUGCAUUCUAUCGCUGUUCGUUGGUUUAUAUUGACUUACACCACAGAAAGUUGACGAGUUCUAUUGGCGACUUACCUUGGGAGCCAGACGUAUUUUUUCCUUUGGGGGCGACGGAAUUGAGCGACGAAGCACUUCAGCCCUUCGCCCUUUACCCCUCUCGCGACUGGUGUGCGAGAAGACCUCUGGCAUCCGGGGUAUUGCAGAGUUUAAGCGAGUAUCGUUUGUUUUGACCUUACAAAGACUUGUCGUUGUCUUUGUUUUUCACCCAAGGGGGGCGGGGGAGGUACCUAGGUUAAUUUUUGCUGGGUAUGUGCCGCUGGCCUCUCAGAAUCCCUACCCUCUUAUAGUCUACUCUGUGGCCAAUUAUAGACCCAUCUUAGUAAUUUUUGGGCAAGUAUUUAAUUUUCGCGAUCCCAGCUAAGUCACUUUCUAUUUAUGUAUGUACCCUUAUUGAAUAAAGAACACUUGACUUUUCACCUACAGUACAAACAUUCUGGUACGUUUGCUAAAAACCAUAAAUAUGAAGAACUGUCUUACCCAAAAAUCAAAAAAUGUGCGACCCCAUUCUAGUAACUCUAAUGAAUAUAGAAACCCAUUAUAGUCACUGCAGUAGUGAAAAUGCGACCCCAUCCAGUGGCACAUCCACAUUAUCCUCUUAUAAGGAAGUACCCUCCUGGGUUUUUCACCUUGUAUUAUUCUACACACUUGACCUACAGGUGGGCUACACUGGAAAUCAAUGCGAAGUAUGCGAUGACGGUUACUUUGGCAACCCGCUCGUCCCAGGUGGCCGUUGUCAGCCGUGUUUUUGUAAUAACAACACCAACCCAUCGAACAUUGGCAACUGUGACCAGCUCACAGGGAGAUGCCUCGCUUGCUUGUUCAAUACCGCUGGCUUUAGCUGUGAGCGCUGCAAAUCAGGUUACUAUGGUGAUGCUAUAGCAAGGAAUUGCACAGGUAAAUAACCUCCAUAGCGCAAUUUGGAUCGUAUCCACAUAAUGGUAGCCUGCGCUUUAGACGGAAAUUAACUUCUGGUUAAGUCCGUCUGCGAAAGAGCAGAAAUCCUUGUUCUGGGUACCCACCUGUGUACCAGGAUUUGAGUACUCGCCGUGAUUGACAUGUUAAAAAAGCCAUUGUCAAUUUGCCAAUCAGGUUGAAGGGAAAUUCGAAACGCAUUUCCUGUAAUUCAUUGAGUCCAUCGGGUCCUACAGCAAAGAUAUCGGCGCUGCUUUGCAGACGUUACUAACUGUUGUUAGAUAAUUUCUGCGACACAGGCUACAAAGUGGGGCAAAUAUGAAUUGAAAUCACCUCGAGAAUGGUAACAUUUGGCACACGUAAAAACGACGUAACUUGAGACUUGACUCAGAGCGGGGUACAGGUCCAUUACAUCCAGCGAUAAUUUAUGUUGCUGUGUUGGUUCUGGAUACUUCCGAACAAACUAACGGAUGUGGAAGCACGUUUUAUCCUUAUCUCGAUGCUACUAUUUUGAUUCUUUACUUACGUUAAUGUAAUUAUCUGUCUUUUUUUUUUUCAAUGAGUCACAUGCAAACCGAGCUGAGUGAAAUAAAUCUUCUUGUCUUGUCUUCUAUCCUGAGUAAAUAAUGCGUUUUCUUUCAAUAUUACUACGCGUUCCCACUUAGUUUGAUUUGUGUUUCAGAAUGUGUUUGUAACAGUAAUGGUACAGACUCAGGAUUUCUGGACACCUGUAAUUACAAGACAGGACAGUGUAGAUGCCUUCCUAACGUGAUUGGUACACAGUGUGACAAGUGCGCUGACGGCUUCUGGAAUCUGGCCAGCGGUGUGGGUUGUCAAAAAUGCGACUGCUGUGGUGAAGGCUCGACCCAGGCCACUUGUAGUGAGGUAAUGCGACAAAAACAAUUUUCAGAACUGGGCUCAGUUAUUCGAAGCAGGGUAAAGAAAAAACAGGAUUAGCGCGAAGUUUGACUUCAAAUCUGAAGACUUAUAACGCCGUUGUCGGACGGAUAGCCCUUCGUUUUCCGUUCAUCAGCCGUUCGAACAGAUUGGGUAUCCGUUCGAACAGCCCAGGCUAUCCGUCCAAAAAAACUGCCAUCCGUUCGAACGGCUCGGGCUACCCCUUCGAACCGUUCGAACGGCUUGUCAGCUGCGCUACUGCUCCAAAACAAUUUCACCGGAGCAGUUCGCGACGAAUCUGUCAGAAAAUGUUCAUAACUCUUCCAAGCGUUGUUUACCAUCACCUCAUGUAUUGUCAAGGUACAUUUUCUACUCAAUCCAUCUUUUCUUUUUAUAUCAGUCGAUUAUCGUUACAGGUUUUAUUCAAAACUGAGUUUCUCGAACAAGUCAUGUUUUGGCCUUUUUGAAUGCAAAUAUCAAACGAUUUUGUUAGUCUGGUUUCUCCCGUGGGAAUACACUCUCACUGGCAAUGAUAACAUUUUUGUUCAACGUGUUUAUUUUCCUCUUCCUUCAACUGCCCUUGCUCACUACCUGUUGGGUUGUAGCCAGUGUCAGAUUACUAGUGUGUGUAGGCGUAUUCUCUGAUGUCCUAGUUUUCCCCUCAGGGUACUGGUCAGUGCCAAUGCAAGCCUGGUUAUGGAGGUCCACGUUGCUGUGAAUGCGAAAAUGGAUACUGGGGAACACCGCUGGACAACUGCAGGCGUAAGUAUACAACUUUGAAGUCAUGUAGAUAAUAAAUCAGUUGUCUUGUGUAUUUUCCUUUACAAAUAUGUGGUGUAAACUUUCACAUUUUCUUUUGUACAUGGUACCUAUUACCUUACAUGACCAAAGAUGUCUGAGUAGGUUUGAAUAUUAAACAAUUAAUGAACGAGGCUGGGUAUCUUAUGAACACCCUCCGAGAUCUCCAUGAUUCUUCAUAUGAUACGAAAGCGGGAUUCAAUAAUUGUUUUAUUAUUCAUUCAAAAUAAUUCCCUAGUUUUAAAACAUAGCUAAAACAUGCUUACCUCCAUCGAUGUUAAGUUCAUCUUCGAUAGUGCACGUUUAGGGUUGUUCAGCUCCGCAAAUAUUCUCUAAACGGCAAAUGUCGCCCUUCGAGUUGUGUUCUUGCUGUUCUUGCCAUGUUUUUAGCCAUAAUUUCGCCUAGUUCUUUCUCUUGAAACGAGUGAAAUGUCCGCCAGUUUUUGUUUUAAAAACCAAAACAACUCAACCUCGUCCCCAGGUCUUCUCGGUUAACGGUGCAUUAACCUGCAAGAAGGCUGCACUUUUGACGUCAUCGGUUCAUUAGACGCAAAAUUCUUCCAAAUUUGGUCAUCAGUAGCUGGUUAUGGUGAAUUAUGCGUGUGCUUUUAGCCAAUCAGAAUCGGGGAAAUAUUUUGAACGAAUAAUAACAAGGUUUCAUAUACAGGGGGCAGAAAAACCUGUUGGCAUAUAAAGCCCCAGAUGUCGCCGUCUUUUUUUUGUUGAAAUAUCAAGGUUAUGCAGGAGGUAAUAAUCAGCCUCUAGGCUUUUUGACGGUUAUAUAACGAAGGUUUGUUUACCAUUUACACAAACCAUCCUGUUCAAAUUUGUUGCAUAAAUAACAAAAUUUAACCUUGUCAGAGAAGGCUCCGCUACAAAGGUUAUCCAAUUCAAAUCAGCAGGACAUACUGAAAAUGUAUAGAAAUUGCAUCUCCUCACGCAACAGCCCGUCUUUUCUGAAGCUUCCAAAACGGAAUGGCGUCAAUCAUUUUAUUUUCCAACCGUAAUUAGCGGCUUCCCCUCGUAAAUGUUAAGUAUUCCAGGACGAUCAUUUUUUCCUGUGCAGCAGAUAAAUAGAUGUCAGGGUUAAAAUUGUCGUGAGAAGCUAUUAUAGUGAAUCCUCGAUAUAACGAAGUGCCAAGAGACUGGCAAAAUUUUUUCGCUACAAACCGGUUUCGUUAUAUCGAGGUACUUCUCCAUAUAUUUUACUAUUUAUGGGGUAAUCAAAAUCGUUCGCUAUACUGAGGACUUUGUUAUACAGACGUUCGUUAUAUCGAGGUUCCUCUGUAUGUAAAGCACGAACUACAACUCUUAUGUGACCUGGAUAGCCGGGGCCGUUUGCAGCUACAGUUAACCACGUGGUACAAAACCGCACUUGGACAAGAUAAACAAGGCUUUAAUCCCUCAAAAUGAUUUUGGCUUGUCCCAGUGCCUCUUAGCUCUCCAGUAUGGCGGUUAUUAACCAAGUCCAAGUGAAUGACAAACUGCAAAGGGCCUGUUUAUAUAAGGUAAGCUGGGCUGGUUAGGUUCAUGCCUUGUUUCACCUUAACUGGCAUUGUCGUUGUGUUUAUAUGAGAAGGUGGGGUCGCCCGCUUCCCGAGACCUCGGCUUGAGAAACCGGGAUCUCGGCUAGUGGACCAUCCUGCCCUCUGAGAAUUUUCAGAGAAAAUGAGGCAUAAGCCGCGACAGCCCUGUAAAGCGGGCUAGCCGGGCUAUCCGAGCUGGCUCUCUUCUUAUAAACAGACCCUAAUCUAACCUUCGCUGUAAUCCCGUAUUUUGUCAACAGCAUGUGACUGCAACGCGGCAGGAUCUGUCAGCCUUCAGUGUGACCGUGACACGGGCAAGUGUCAGUGUAAACCAGGCAUGAUUGGAGAGAGGUGUGAUAUGUGUGACGCGGACACCACGGGAAAAAUGCCGCAAUGUGAAGUCUGUGGUGAAUGUUACCCUCAGUGGAAGGAAGCGUUAGAGACGCUGUCACGCAACAUUAGUGUUGAGGUUCCACGCGCGUACAACCUUUCUCUUACCCCUCAGCAACCAGGUAUGUUUAAUUGGAGGAUAACUUUCCUCGCGUUCGUCAGAACGCAUCCUAAUCUGGUUUUCCUGUGGCACAAAGGCAGAAAUUUUCGAGCUAUCACGAGCGACUGCCUAUUUUCCGUCCCUAUUAAUUUUAUCAGGGGCAUCUCGGCCGGAAAACUGGACUCCUUCGACUCGAUUUCGUUUCCGUAAGUGACGAACGCGGAUCCGUAAUCAAUGAUUACCUCUAGUUUAAUGCUAAGAUCGUGCUAACGCUACUUAAACCGGUUCCCUUGCUCAAGCUUUUCCUUAAAUCCAAGGCCUACUGGACUGCAAAGAGUUCACAAGUAUUUUGACAAAGUUGUUUGGUUCCUUGUAGUUUGGAACUAUUCCCAGUCCGAGAGAGGUAUUUUCCCUGUUUUAUUAUUCAUUCAAUGGAUAUUGCACUUUAGCAAAUCAAAGACUUGCAAAAAUGUUGAGUACAGUGUUUGGAGCAAUUGGGAAUGGAAACUUACCUACAAGCAUUUCCGAGUUAUUGACGGCACGUAAUUAUAAUUUACGUGGUGAUGCUAUUUUAAAAUUACCUAAAGUAAAUUCAACAAAGUGUGGGAUCAAAUCAUGGAGAUACCAGGCUGCCCGACCAUGGAACACUAUUCCAAAUAAUUUAAGAAAUAUUAGUGAUAGUUACCGCAGUUUUAAACGUGGACUCAAGGAGCUCGACGUUGCAAGUUUAUAGUCGCUUUCGCAAUUAAACUCAGUUUUUCUUCAGUAAUAUUUAAGUAUUGUAUCACGUUUCUAUAAUCUUAUUGCAGUUUCCAUGUCCUAUGUCAUUUUAAACACUUUUAUAUAGUUGUAAGUUUAUUGUCCCUUAUUCACAAUUUAACCUGGUUUUCUUAGUACACAAGUUUUAGUACACAAGUUUUAACCAUUAGUGUCUGUUUCUCGGAAAGUUCAUGAUAUAAAGGGAUGUUUAGUUCUGCAGAUAUCCUCCAAAUGGCAAUGUCAUCCCUCGAGUUGUAUUCUUGAUGUUGCUGUUCUUGCCAUUUUUAAGUAGUAGUUGGGAUAUUUCCUCCUCGCAAAACGUGUGAAAUGUUCCGCUAUUUUGUACCUCUCUACCAAAACAACGCAACCUCAUCCCCAGGGCUUCUCGGUUGCCGUCCAUUUUCCUGGCAAUUAUUCUGUACUGUACUAAUUUGGUCAACGCUAUUUGGUUAUGAAGAAUUAGCCGUGCGAUUUGAGCCAAUCAGAAACGAAAAAAUGUUUUGAAUAAACAGUAAUAUCUCUUAGUGACACAAGAAAACAUGUUCUUUUUUUAAUUAUUUUCUUAUCUCAGGAAGUCUAAACGCCUACGAUUUUGAACUCAGUAAGCUUGAAGAGAAACUCAAAAAAGUAGAGGAGAUUCUGCAAAGGCAAAUAACCACAGAAAAUGACACAGAAGCAAUUGAAAAACAACUUGAUACAAUAAACAACCAUUUACAAGAGAUCCAAGAUAAAGUCGAGAAGCUUAACGAUGAGGUCAACACCACCGAAAGGCGCACUGAUGAAGCAAACGUUGAGAUUGAUCGACUACGCGACAGACUGUCGAAACUUCGAAGAAACGGCACACAACUCAAGUCUGACGUGGAGAAGAUUUUACGAUCCGAUAUUCGUGGCGCUUUUCAUGAAAUUUUGAAAAACCAGAUGAGGUCGAGGGAGGCUCAGAAAAAAGUAAAUAAAUCUCGAGAAAUAAUUGACAUGGUAAAAGAGAGGAGAAAUCAGACUGAGAUGUUGCUUGCUGGCCCUCCGUCUGUUGACCAGAAACACAAAGAAAACAACCAAACGUUUAUCGAUAUCAGCGAGAAGUUGAGACAAUUACUGGAAGAGGCAGAGAUUCUCAACGGAAUCUUAUGUGGGUCUCCCUCAAGUCAGUGUGGUGGUUGUGGGGUCCUUAAUUGUUCAACCUGCGGCGGUCCUGGCUGUAAUGGAUCCAUAGCCUUGGCAUCAGAAGCGUUAAUAAGGGCAAAGGAAGCGGAAGAAGCUCACCGCUCGCGGGAAGGUGAGUAGUUUUAUUUAUCAAGCUUUAAUUCCUUUAAUGUUCGAAUUAACGCCUGGGGCACUUUUUUCAGUAUUUAUAUCCUUUGUCGAGAGGAUAUUUUGCAUUAACUUUGUCUUCAGUACCUCCAGAGUUUAACAGUCGUCCUUAAUCGAAAUUAAGACAAACAACGCUUAUGCAAUUUUUUUUGUUGGAGUGUGUGUGUGUGGGGCGGGGGGAGGACAACGUGCAUUAUGGGAGAAUACCAAAGUCCUUCACGUUGUUGCAUUUUACUGUUAUUAGCCAAAGCUAACGAAACUCUAGAGGAAGUAAAGAGAGCUGAAGUAAUGGUGAACAUGACCAAACAGGCGGCGGAGACUGCAGUGAUGCGUGCUAUGGAGGCUGAUCAACGCGCUAAAAAUGCAAGCGUUAGAAUGGACCAAUUAAUACAGGUAAUGGUGGAUUCUGUGGUUACUUUCACACUGUACCGGACAAAUUUUCGACCGGCUGAAAACGGGACAGUUCAACAUUUUCGCUCUGUUGACAGGGAACUUUGAACUGCUAAGCGUCUUAAUUUUCGUACGGUUAAAGUGAACCGGUGUGAACAGAACACCUAAGCGCCCGAAUUUUCUACGGGUCAAAAAUUCGCCUGCAGCCAUGUGAACAUAACCUGGAUCACAGCGUUUGUGCCCAGUUAAAGUGCGCAUGCGCAUGCAAAGUGGUCAACAAUUUUCACCCCUUUUGACUUAUUUUGUGAUCUAAAACUGAGGGCUUGUCCACACAAAUCCGGAUAUUCUCCCCCCCGCUCUUUAUUAAUUAAUUAAUUAAGUAAGUUUUUUACAAAAAUUGAUGAAUCUGCUCACACAACACCCGUGAAUCCGCUCAUUCAUCCGCGGCGUCUUCGUGGUACAAAAUAAGCGGUUUAAAAAAUAUCUGGAUCCGUGUGGAAAGGGCCUGAAUAGACGCAGAAAAUAAGAUUCAAUGUAUGCUUGACUGCAGAGCAGGAGAUGGCGGGUGUUCCAUCCUCGGUGCCGGACCAAUACUCAGGGUCGUAAGAAAUAACUGAGAAAUGAAGGUGCUGUCUUCCUACACCUUCGCGUGGCUCGGAUCAUCACGUAAAAUGGCUGUCCCCUCUCCAUUAGGAGAUGUGAAAAGUAGUGUCCUCAAUAGGCCUUUUGCAUUAGUUAAUCACGUGGUCAACUUUCGGUAAACACGAAAACAGUUCGCUUUUGAAACAUUUUGUUAGCACCAGCUGAAAGAGCAUAUUAUAAUUAGGUAACCUGUAAACUUUGAGCCAUAUAUCUCAAAAGUAGCGAUUGCAACGGCCGCCGAAAAUUAGAAGGAUUUUUGUGACAAAAGCAACUCUUGCCACCCAGUCACGUUUUAGUGGAUUUCCAUACAAAUCCUCAUAAAUUCGGAAAAUUUAAACUGUCGUUAAAUCUUUCCCUCACGCAUUUAAGGGCUCAAAUUGCCUGUUAUGAAUUAAAAGAAGACUUGAGCCUCGUAAUGCUUAAGGAAAUAUUUCACGACAGUUUAAAAAAUUCGAAAUUUACAAGGAUUUGUAAGGAAAACCAUUCAAGCAUGACUGGGUGGCAAAAGUUGUUUUUCUCAUACAAAUCCGUCUAAUUUUCGGCGGCCGUUGCAAUCGCUACUUUUGAGAUAUACGGCUGAAAAUUUACAAGUUACUAAAUUUUAAUUUGCUCUUUCAGCUGGUGCUAACAAAAGUUUACAAAAGCGAACUGUUUUCGUGUUGAACGAAAGUUGAUCACGUGAGCAACUAAUGCAAAAGGCCUAUUAGUACUUUCGUGCUAACUACAUUUACUUUUUUUCACUGUCAAGUGAAGUGGUUGAUUAUGUGUUGUUAGGAAGUGCCCCUCACGCCUUUUUGUGGGGGUGAAAGGAAUUUUACAGUUGAUAUUGGUAAUAAAAAAUUAACAAGGCUAACUUGAAAGCGUAAAAAAACGCGAAAAAUCCCAAGUAUCUGUAGUUCACUUUGUCAAUUUACGCCUGUAGAAGCGUUUCUGAUAAGCCUUUUCUGACAAAUACAACUUUUUCCCUUCCAUUUUUUUCCUUUUUAUUUAGGACAUAAUAGAUUUCUUAAAUCAAGAGUUUGGUGAUACUAACAGAGUGCAACAGAUUGCUGACAGCGUCAAGAAACUGCAACUUUCCGUAACUCCGGAAGAAAUAACUAAACUGGCAGCGAAUAUCACGGCUGCACUCAAUUCAAUCACUGGCGUUGACGAAAUCUUGCAAGAGAGUCAAGAGAGACUGGAUAAAGCAAAUGACCUAAAGGAGAGAGCUGAGCAGGCCAGGUAAUAAAGCCUGUUAGCAAGUUCUAGAGCAGACACCGGCUUUGAACUUGGUUUCUCUGUUUUCCCAUUUCAGACCAGGUUAUGAUACUCUAAGAUCCUUUCCACACAUGUCCGGAUAGUUUUGAAAACGGAAUUUUUUCCACGUUUUCCAAAAACUUAAGCGUCCACACGUAGCGUAUUUGAAUCGUCUUCGCCCGUCCACGUGAAAACGCUAAAACGGUGGAAAUGCGAAGGAAAUGCGAUAGCAUCUCUUACAGAGCAUGCGUAAUGCUACUAAUUAUGAUGUAUGACAUCAUCGUAUUCGAAAACCUCCGUUUUCGACCGUCAACAAGUAAACGAGAAGCCGGUGAAAGGCGUCAGUUUUUGAAAAGAUGCGUUUUUGGUGACCGUUUUCACUAGAUACGUGCGGACAGCAGGCCAAACCGGAGAAAAAAAAUCUCAUCUCAAGUUUGAAACAAAUACAAGUCUGCGUGGACGGGGCAUAAAGAACGGUUGCUUUCAAAUUUCUCCCUUUGUAUUCGGAUACCAUAGGCGCUUUCCAUUCAACAUUUCGGAAAUUUCGCAAUGGAACGAUACAUUCCGGUUGCACAGACCCGACCCAAGCCACCGCACGUUUGGUUAUUGUUCUUGUGAGCAGGAUACAAAAGAGCGGGACUGGGGACAACAAUUUUGUCAAAUGGAAAGGGACAUUUCGGUCCGACCGACCGAAAUGACCAGACCGGUCAAAGUGGACCACCUUCAAAGCUGGUCCAGAAUAUUUGGGUUGGACCAAACCAAAAUGGUCAGUUCCAUUUGAAAACAAGCAGACCACAGUAAAAUAUCUGUGGCUUUGACUCAUCUAUCAAUAAACAGCUGCAUUUGUUUUUGGGAGAAAGGUUUACCCCCCUUGAAUUUGCAAAUUUUGAAGCGAAAAAAGAGUGGGCAAUAAAUAUGGAUUAUGCCUGUGUAAGCAAAAGUUAAGCAAAAUGAGGACGAGUUCUGAGCAUCUUGCUGAGAUUGCCUGUGGGUUACAUUAUAGGACUGUUUAUAUGGAGAAAAGUGGUCUCUGGUAGAAUGGUCACCUUCCCAGCCGAGUUAAUGAAUAAAGUUGAUGAAGCUGUUAGGUGUUUGACAUAUGCAAAGUGGGCUUUGUUUAAAUUGUCUUUCACUAAGUUGAAAGUUUGCCUCCUUCCAGAGCCUUCGCUUCUUGUGCAUAAGUGUCUUUAACUCUGAGUCAAGCCAAAGCACAUCGCGUCGACGUUUAAUAAGCUUCUUCUGAAUAUUUCGUUAACAGUUUGCCACGUUUUGUAAGGGAAUUUAUUAAAAGUUGGCUCGCUUAUAGACUGCAAAACAGUCGGUAUUUUUGCGUAUUCAAGUAAGCGCGAGUAGUCAAACAAAAGGUCUGGAACAAGGCUGAAAAUGGAGAGUGAGACGGUUUUUUUUCUCUUGCCUCACACGUAGGGCGUGUAAGACUCUAACGCCGCGCUUUACCGAUUUCUUUACUGAUUUUGAGAAAAAAACCGACUGUUUUGCAGUCUAGCUCCCUUAGGGUACCUCUGGCCGGUAAGCGGGUGUCUCUUUUACCGGGGACAACUUGUUUCCAUAUAAAUGGGGCCUUAGAUUUGUGAAUCCCUUGUCCUUUCACAAAUUUUGUGAACAUAUGCACCUGAUUAAAACGUGAAUAAGACAUCUCAUGACCAUGAUUUUGAAACAAAACUUGCAAGCUAAAGAGUUUUACUCAUUUUGAGUAUAGGCUUACCCAUCAAUUACGGCCGGGCAAUAAGUCUCUAAAAAUGCGCUGUGGGUCCGUUCUACUGCGUGAAGAGAGAGAGAUGAACGAAAGUUUGGAUCAUUUAAGCAUCUGCCCUUUCAGCAGCGGAUACCCGGCCCUGGUUGUUCAAACGUUGGAUAGGGGUAUCCGACAGAUAGAUCACUAUCCAGAAAAUAGCGUUAUCCACCUUUAAACAACUGGGGUCUGGAGGACAAGUAUAUUUUUUCUCUUUUCUGUUUUCAGAGCAAAAGCCAGAGCAGUGUCUGACGUCAUCGUUAAUAUAACAGAUGCUCUCGUGAAAGCGGCCGGAAGCCAAGCUGCCGCUCGUGACGCCAUCAAUACAGCAGAAAAUGACAUCAAAAUGGCAAACGACACUCUCUCUAAAGUAAGGAAUGAUAAUACGAAGCUUACGGCGAUGUUACAAGGGACGAUUUGCAACGACGAUUUUCAGCGCAUCACAGCGUUGCAACAUUGCUACGAUAUUGUUUCGAUUUGUUCAAACAUUGUUCCAACAUUGUUGUCUUAAAAAUCGUUGUUGAAAAUCGCCUCGGGUAACAAGUAACCCACCUCGAUAACGACGGCAACAUGAGUGUCAGAAAACUAUAGGUUUACUAAACAAACUAACAACUCUUUCAUCAACAUUUCAUCCAUUGCACGACUACGACGUAAAACUGAGUUAUUGAGGUAUUUGAUGAAAGUAUGCUGCACCUGUAUCUGGUUCUUGGCUUUCCUGCACUGGCUUACCUUGUGUCAUUGGCUAAGAAAGACUUCUAAAAGGCAAAAUUGAGUCUAUUAGACCAUGUUUUAAAAUGAGUAAAAAGAUUUUUUUCUCUUUUUAUCGCAAAAACAAAUUCAUUUUCUCUCUUGCAUAACAGUAUAGUGCAACAGCUUUUGUGACGGAAAUAUUCUUUCCAGGGGGUAUCCCAGCCAAGAUGGAAAAAUCACGAAAAUUCCGGGGGUAGGGGAAAUGACAAGCAUCCCUUGCAGGGUUUAUUCUAGAAAUUGGCUAAUGAGAGUCAAAUGUGCUCCCUUCUGUAAUUUUAGGGGCCCUUUUUCAAGAAAAGGGGUUCAAGAAAGGGGGCCCCCAAAAGGUAUUUGAACUUAUUGGUACAGACUGUUCCAUGAGAAAACGAAUGUUUAUUGACGCUUUGCCUCCAUUUUGGAACAUUCUGGGCAACUGAAAAAGCCUGGGCUCGAAUAACUGCAGAAUCCCGGAUGUUUGUCUGGUGAAAUAAUGACUCUAAGGAAAAGAGAAAGACAAUUGAGACAGUAAGAGGCUAUAAAAGUUCAAAGUAAGUUUAUAGAGCUGCCAUCAAAUCAGUGUUGCUGUCAGUGAUGUUUUCCAAUACUUUAUUUCAAAAAAAUAGUACUUAUUCUUGGGUCUAUUUUUUUUGCGCCCCAUUCGACGCAGUAACGUAAAUUUUAUGCAUUGUUUUUUUUUCCAACUUGCGGAAAUCCCGCACGGCCGCGCUCUAGAGUAAACCCUGCCCUUGGAAUGGAAAUUCCAGGGGGUGGGCGAUGUAACGCAAAAGUGCCCUCCGUCGGGGGUUUAUGGAGGUGAACACAUAAAUGCCAAUGUUUUCCUUUUUUUCCUUUUGUGCUUGAAAAAGGUCCUCUUGUAUUAAACUCCAGGAAAAUUCGCCUGACAAAUGACAAAUUGAGCGGAGCACAAUAGACGAGAUUGAGUUCGAAAAAGCCAAAUUCAUUUUCCUAGUAAUAUUUUUACUGCCGUCUUUUUUCUGUUAAUCGUACAAAGUAGUUCUCCUUUUCAUAGCAAGGGAACGCUAACCAAAUUCGGAAUGUUAACGCUAUUCGUCCAUCAUUCUUUGCGAAGAGGGUUUUAAAAUGUGUCGUUAUUUGUGCCGUGCUUGGAUCGUGAAGCGAGUUCAAAUUUUGAUUGGACCAUGUAUAUGUUGAGGUUAAAUUUUAUCCUUGGUUUAUAUUUUAUUUUCCUUUGUUUUGGGGUGUGGUAAUGUAUGAUAAUGAGUUUGAAACAAAGGAUGAAAUUGAACCACAACAUAUAUAUUCAUAUUUAUCAUAAACACACGAGUGUUUUACUGGAAAAUAUACCAAUCGUAAAAUUCAUAAAAAUUACAUCCGGGACCCGAGUGGUUUAUUUUCAAUAAUCUCACACGUGAGUUUAUCGAUGACGUAAUUUCGGCCAUAUCCCUCUAUUAUUUUAUCGAUGUCUCUUUGUCUAUAGAAUAAAACAAAAACAAUACUGAUUUUACUCACUCGCUGCGCUCGUUCGUAAAAUAUUGUUUUGCCACUCGAAAAUAAAUUUCAUAUCUUCGCGCCACCGUGUCAUAUCCUCUCUUUGUAUAUAGCAGGCUGGUGUCCGCAGAGUGGUGAGGACAAAGAUUAUCAACGUGUGUGCUGAUACGGUAAUUUAACUUACGUUGCAGCUUCUUGCGGACCUAGAUUCUCUUGAGAAGGCGGUGGAUAAUGCACAGGAAAGUGUAACAAAUAUGACAGGAAUGGUCCCUAUGGUUCAAAAACAGUUUGAAGACAAUCUUAAGCAGCUUGAAAUUACGCAGGAGAACGCUUUGGAAGCACAUGAUCAAUCGCAAACUGCUGAAAAGGUUUGUUAUUUGAACAAGAAUGUUUCAGUCCCAUUUUGUAAAUUUUUGUGAGGUAGCGGUUGUUUACCGUUUACAAAAAGUUUCCGGAAAAUCCGGUUGGAAAGUAGACUACGAGUAGUCCCCCAUUUUUCCUCAGGGAUAGUAGAGCGAGCGAAACGCAAGUGCGCGUGAAAAUCACCCCACGCGAGAAAGGCGAGACGCAGUCGCCUUCUCUCUACUAUCCCUGAGGACUGGGGGACUACUCGUAGUCUUUUUGGAAAGUAAAUGGCACACGACUUUUCGGGUCGUUUCGGUGGAAAAUUUCCGGUAGCAACAGAACCUUUAAAAAAGUAGUCCUGUCCUUCCAAACGGAAAUUCGGGUACCAUUUCUUCAAAGCUUUUUUGAUGCCAGCUUCAGACUUUCGCGGUCGUUUUUUGGUAAAUGAAGAGAUAAGUGCAAUUAGUAAAAUCCAACUAGCGGUCUAUUAUCAAUACUGCGCUCUGAUUGGUUGAGCUACUACUAGGCUAUAUGUUAUAGCCCACUAGUAGCGAAAAGCGCCUGCUUUGAAAACCAAAGCCAUGGCGGCUGAAUCGCGUUUUGCUAGCUAAAGUUGAUUUGCCUCGAUAUUUUUGACCAACUAGUUGGAUUUUACUAAAAUAAUUAUUCCUCUCGCACUCAUGGCUUCUGAGCAAGAGCCAUAAUGGGAUAUUAUGGCUCUUGCUCUUGCUCCGAGUCAAUAGCCCAUUCGGGCUCGAGGAAUAAUUGUUAAAUGGUAAAGGUUAUUUCGGGACGAAAUUUACCAGUCUUGAAUUUGUCAACCAUUUGCCCAAACUGUGAACCGACCGGUUUGCCCAUGUAAAUGGUUAAACAAACAGCAUCAUUAAGAUAUAAAGGCCAAAGAAAUGAAGCCACACUUGGGGGCCUAGGCACCCACUGCGGUAGAAGCAGUCAAAGCGACACUUGUAACGUGAAAUCACGUUUUUUCACACUUCACAACAACUUCAAUAUCCAUUAAUUCUAACUUUCUUUUUGUAUUCUGCAGGAAGUAGAAGAAUUACUUGAACUAUUUAACAAAGUAAGGGAUAGAAUUAGCGAAAAGGUCGUUGCUGUUCAAAACGCAUCUUCAAAAGUUGCGGAUUUAAAGAAGAAGGGGAAAGAAUUAGUCAAAGAUUUAGACAGCAGGCUUCAGCGGAUUAUAGGUAAGUGCCUCCGUAAAAUUGUUAAUUUGGAAGGGAUAAGAAAG